UUCAUAUUGCCGGUACGGGUAAUCAUGAUGAUGGGGCGGAUACGGGCGCCCGACUGUAAUUCCACCUGACAUCCGUCUAAUUACAUUCUCCGGUUACACUUCAAACUCAGAGCCAGCCAUGUGUCACUGCUUGCGCCCCUCUUCUCUUCCUUUGCUUUUUCCCGGAAGCCGGAAUUCAGCUUUUAUUUCUUCUAAUUCCAACACAAUAUAUCUACCGAUUAACUUUGGUUUCCAGAAUGGCAGCUUUUCUCUGUCAAAUACAGGAGCCAAUCGCCAAUUGGCUGCGCUUGGCUCUCAAGAAUCCCUGUUCAGUGGUGAGUUAGGGUUCAAGGACGAAGGAAGCGCGGCCACCACAAGUUUCCAAGAUUUAGAAAAAGUAUCAUCUAGGCGAGAUGGAACUGAUGCCAGUAGUUCAACGGAUUCUUCUUCGGAAUUAAAUUUCCUUGAAUUGGAGGAGGAGGAAGAGGAGAGAAAAGGAAAAUCAAGUUCCAAGGAAGAGGAUUUGGUUCCGAAGAAGAGUGAUUGGGAAAACGCGGGUUUAAAGAGAGGGAAGCAAAUGAUGAAGAGAUCAAAUAUUGUGGCGAAGCAAGUUAUUAGCGUUCAAUCCGCUCGUAGCCUGGGUUUUGUCUCGCAAUUGUGGGUGGAUACCGUCUCUUGGCUGGUACUAGUUGUAGAAGUGAGGCCCAACUUGCUUUCUGGGGAAUCAGGACGGUUUCUUCUGGAAGAUGUUAGCCAGAUUGGUGAUGUUGUGCUCGUUGAGGAUGAGAAUGUGAUGGACAAUGAAUUUAAGAUGUUUGGACUCGAAACACUGGUAGGAUACAGAGUUGUAACACCAGGUGGGCAAAACAUCGGGAAGGUGCGGGGUUAUUCAUUCAACAUUAAUUCAGGGGUUGUUCAGUCGCUUGAGUUUGAUUCUUUUGGGAUAUCCAUUAUUCCAUCAAGUUUGGUAAGUACUUAUGGAUUGCCAGUUGAGGAUGUGCUGGAAGUUGUAUCAGACACUGUUGUUGUGCAUGAAGCUGCAGCAUACCGUCUACAAAGGCUGUCAAAGGGCUUCUGGGACUCUUACAGCAGAGGAACUUUGAGAGAUGAGCUGGGUGAAUAUUCUGGUUCUAAAGGUCCUAAUAGAUCUGAUCACAGCCAGAGAAGACGAAAGCUCAGAAGAUUCAGCAGACAGAAGUUCCAAACAAAGAUGAGAAAUUCAGAAGAUGAUUGGGAACUUCCACUAGAUUAUUUAUGAUCUUCUUACUCUCGCGACCUUAAUUGUCUCUUUUACUUCUUUUCUUUUUUCUUUCUCGAUGUAAACAUGCACAAAGAAAAGAUGGAUAGACUGAGUGUUAAUACAAUUAUUUUAUUCAUAAAUAAUGUUAAUGUAUAAAAAGUUUUGUUUUAUAUCU